AUGCUAUUGAAAGCGGACACUGUUGCGGGGGGCAAGGGUCCCCUUUUGGCAGGUCAAUCCAGCUUGCCCUCUCUUCCCGUUCCUCCGCUCGAACAGACUUUCAAAAAGUAUCUGCGCACCACCGAACCUCACCUCAGUUCGGCCGAGUAUGAAGCUACGAAAAAGGCAGUAGAGAGCGCACUUUCCGGCUCAGAUUCGAAAACGUUUGGCGAAUUGCAAAAGAGGUUGCAAGCUCGUGCUGCGGACCCAAAGCAGGAAGGCAACUGGCUGGCUGCGUGGUGGAACGAAGCAGCAUACAUGGGCUACAGAGAUCCCGUGGUGCCUUACGUCUCUUACUUUUACGCUCACAAGGAUGACAAGAACCGCAAGACCGGCGUGAGCCGCGCAGCCUCGCAGCUCAAAGCCAUCCUGGCAUUCCGGAAAUUAGUCGAGAGCGAAGAGCUGACGCCGGAAAAGACAAAGGCUGGACCAAUGUGCAGCGCUUCUUACCCGUGGAUGUUCAACUCUUGCAGACUGCCGGUCAAACCCGUGGACCAGGCCACCAAGGCCGAUCCUCGCGAGAACAAUCACGUAGUCGUGGCCCACAAGGGUCACUUUUAUGAGUUUGAGCUGGUCGUCGAUGGUCAGGAACUCAGCGCGAGCGAGAUCGAGAGCCAAUUGCAAGCCGUCCUGGCCGAAAACGUCGAAGCAGCUGCAAAGCCCAUCGGCGCCCUCACUUCCGACAAUCGCGACAAGUGGACUGAUGCUAGAGAGGCGCUCCUUGCCGUAGGUAAUGGUGGAGGCGCCAAGAACAAGGAUGCUUUGGCGCGAAUCGAGAGCGCAGUAAUCGUCGUCGCGCUCGACGAAGCGCCCGUGCGAACAAUCGAGGAGCGUUCGUGGGCUCUUUGGUGGGGCGAUGGCAAGAACCGCUUCUACGACAAGCAACAGCUGAUCGUGUCGUCGAACGGAAAGAGCGGAUACAUGGGAGAGCACUCCACCAUGGAUGGUACGCCCACGCUGCGCAUGAACGACUUUGUGCUCUCUGCCCUCGCUGCCAACAAGAUCGAUUUGGGCGCGACGGGUACGCGCGACUCUUUCCCCAAGCCAAAGAGAUUGGAGUGGCAACUCGAUGGCAACGUCGAGGCGCGCAUCGAGGACUCGCUCAAGGCCUUCGAGGCGCUCAAGGCGAAGCACGAUUUGGCCAUCUUGGACUUUCAAGGAUACGGCAAGGAGGCCAUCAAAAAGUACAAGUGCAGCCCGGAUGCUUGGGUGCAGAUGGUCAUCCAGCUGGCCUACUUUAAAAUGUUUGGCAAACCCUGCCCCACGUACGAGUCUGCGCAGACGAGAAAAUUCAAGUUUGGCAGAACGGAGACGAUCAGGAGUGCUAGCGCGGAGAGUUUGGCUUUCGUCAAGGCCAUGGAGGCGGAUGGUGCGAGCGACGAGGAGAGGGCGAAGCUCUUCCAAGCCGCUGUCAAGCAGCACUUGACGUACGCCAAGGAGGCGGCGGAUGGACAAGGAGUGGAUCGACACUUGUUUGGUCUCAAGAAGCUGCUAAAGGAAGGCGAAGCGCUGCCAGAGCUGUACAAGGACGCAGCGUACGCAAAGACGUCCAACUGGAACCUGUCCACCUCUCAAAUCUCGAGCGAAAGCUUCGACGCGUGGGGUUAUGGAGAAGUGGUGCCGGACGGCUUCGGAUGCGCAUACGCCAUCAAAUCGAACGCGCUCACUUUUACCCUCACUUCGCUCAAACUGGACGCUCCGGCGCUCAGACACUACAUCAAUGAGUCUGCGCUGGAGCUGAGAGACUUGCACGACCGAUUGGCUGCAAAGAGCUCUGGAGGAGGCGCCAAGCUCUAG